AUGUCCGAAUCUGACCAGGAGCAAAGUUCUCCUGAGCCACUUUCACCAAGAACUGCUGCUGUACGUGCUGGUUUGAGGAGGAAUUAUAGUUCUUCAAGCGCUGAAUCUAAAAGUUACGAAUCUGAAGGUUCAAGCAACAUGGCAGAGAUUCCAAACAACAACAAUGAUGAAGGAGGUGGUGCGCUUGUUGUCCAACCAAGAAAACCCCUGCGUGAGUUUUCCAUUCCCAAAGUCACCGAUCAACCUUCAUGCAUUGUCUAUCCUCAACUCACAGUUGACAGGUUUGAGCUUAAAAGUGGUAUGAUUCAUCUUCUUCCAACUUAUUAUGGUAAUACCACUGAGGAUCCUUAUAUGCAUAUUAAGCAAUUCUUUGAAAUAUGUGCUACGAUCAAAAUUCAAGACCUUGAUGAUGAGCAAAUUAAGAUGAGGCUAUUCCCAUUCAGUUUAAAAGAUAAAGCUAAGUCUUGGUUAUACUCUUUGCCUAAUGCUUCAAUUCAUACUUGGGAAGAGCUUUCUAAUAAGUUUUUGCAGAAAUUCUUUCCUGCUCAAAAGACUAACAAGAUUAGAAAGGAAAUUCUUGGUUUCACACAAAAGGAAGGAGAAGCUUUUCAUGAAUGUUGGGAGAGGUACAAGGAGAUGAUAAGUUCUUGCCCACACCACAACAUAGAGAGUUGGAUGCAAAUGCAAUCUUUCUAUGAAGGUUUGCUUGAUUCCGAAAGGAUGAUGGUAGAUGCAACAAGUGGAGAAGGACUGAUGAACAAAACAGCAGAUGAGGCUUUUACUCUCUUUGAAUCCUUGAGUGCUAACUCUCAACAAUGGAGCCACAAUAAAGGAAGAGGAGCUCCUAUGAAAGCUGUGGUCUCUGAGGUAAGUACAAAUAAUGAGAUUGCUGCAAAACUUGAUGUUAUGUGUUCUUUGCUUCAACAGGCAGUGACUGGGCCUCUAGGAAACAAAGUGGAAGUUCAAGACCAAUCUUUUGCAGAGCACAUGCUAGAACAAGCAAAUGCCCUUCAAGCAAGGAAUCCUCAAAAUGAUCCUUAUUCAAACACAUACAAUCCGGGAUGGAGAAAUCAUCCUAAUUUCAGGUGGAACAACAAUCCAAAUGUGCAACAAUCUCAAGGACCUCCCCCAGGAUUCCAAACACAACAAAGGCAAUUCCAGCAAGCUCCCCAACAAGUGCAAGAGCAAAAGGGUGAUCAAAUGGGAGAAUUGCAAGACAUGUUCAAGAAGUUCAUGGGGCAACAGAUGCAAACCAAUCAGAACCUUCAAAAUGCAGUGAACAAACUAGAAGUGCAAGUUGGGCAGAUUGCAUCCUCCAUGAACACUAGAGCAUCCGGAACUUUCCCAAGCCAAACAGAGGUGAAUCCAAGGCAUCAAGAGCAUGCUAAAGCAAUACACAUCUUGAGAAGUGGUAAACAAGUUGAUAAUAAGGUUGGAGAUGCCAAUGAAGAGCAAGAAGAUGGAGAAAACGUGGAGAUCAUUCAGCCACCACAUGGGCAGCCCACAGCUUCCAACAAACAGUCCAUCAAUGCCCCUGGAAAGAGCACAGGCCCUAAGGUAUCAUCUAAUGCUAAUCAAGUUCCAAUUUCAACUAAUGCUUUUAGGCCUAUUGCACCCUUUCCCAGCAGGUUAUCAAAGUCAAAGAAAGAUCAAGGCUUGGAUGAGAUAAUGGAAACAUUCAAGAAGGUGCAAAUCAACAUCCCAUUGCUCAAUGCCAUUACUCAAAUUCCAAAGUAUGCAAAAUUUUUGAAGGAUCUAUGCACUAACAAGAGGAGAUUCAAAGAGCAUGAACAAGUUGCAUUGAGUGAAGAGGUAAGUGCAGUGUUACAAAGAAAGCUGCCUCCAAAGCUAAAGGAUCCAGGUUCGUUUUCUAUACCUUGCAUAGUUGGUGAUUUUAAGUUCAAAAAAGCUUUGCUUGAUCUUGGUGCUUCUAUAAAUCUUAUGCCAUAUCAUGUUUAUGAGAAACUUAACCUUGGUGAGUUGCAAGCCACAUCUGUGAGCAUUCAAUUGGCAGAUAGAACUAUUAGGUACCCUAAGGGCAUUCUAGAAGAUGUUUUGGUGAAAGUGGAAGAGCUAAUUUUGCCAGCAGAUUUCUUGGUGUUGGAGAUGGAAGAAGCACCAAUUCAUGACAAUCAGUUACCACUCAUUCUAGGUCGGCCAUUCAUGGCAACUGCCGGUGCUAUUAUUGAUGUGAAGAAGGGUACAUUGACCAUGAAUGUGUUUGAUGAGACAAUAGCAUUCAAAGUGUUUGAAGCCUCCAAGUUUCCAAGUGAUGAGCAUGAAGUUUUCCAUCUGGAUGCAAUUGAUACUAUGGUGAAAGAAGCACUGCCAAUGAGUUAUUUGGAGCCCAUUGAAGCAUGCAUCACACAAAGCAUAAGGAAAGAAGAAAGGUAUGCCAACCAAUUUGAAUCAUUACCCCCACCUACUAAUAAGGUUUUACCUUCUAUUGUGCAGGCACCAGAGUUGGAAUUAAAGCAAUUGCCAAAACACCUUAAAUAUGCUUAUUUAGGUGAAAAUGAGACUCUACCUGUUAUCAUUGCCUCACAUCUCGGACCAAAUGAUGAAAAUAAGCUUUUGAGAGUUCUAAAAGAGCACAAAACUGCAAUUGGGUGGAGCAUUGCAGAUAUCAAAGGCAUAAGCCCAACACUUUGCAUGCACAAGAUAUUAUUGGAAGACAAUGCAAUGCCUAAGAGGGAUGCCCAAAGACGUCUCAAUCCGAACAUGAAGGAGGUGGUAAGAAAAGAGGUAAUUAAGCUUUUAAAUGUUGGUAUUAUUUACCCUAUUUCUGACAGUAAAUGGGUGAGCCCAGUGCAAGUUGUCCCCAAGAAGUCAGGUAUCACAGUGGUGAAGAAUGAAGCAAACGAACUUGUACCUACACGGAUGACCACGGGAAUUGAGGUAGAUAAAGCUAAGAUUGAUUUGAUUGCCUCUAUGCCCUCACCUACUUCUGUCAAAGAAGUACGUUCUUUCCUUGGCCAUGCAGGUUUCUAUAGGCGUUUCAUUCAGGAUUUUUCUAAGAUUGCAAGGCCUAUGUGCAAUCUCCUUGCCAAGGACAUGGAUUUUGUGUUUGAUCAAGACUGUGAGAAUGCUUUCAAUGCUUUGAAGAAGAUGCUCACAACUGCCCCAAUCAUUAUACCACCGGAUUGGAGCUUGCCUUUUGAAUUGAUGUGUGACGCCUCAGAUUAUGCUGUUGGAGCUGUUUUGGGACAGCGAGUUGAUAAGAAGCCACAUGCCAUCUACUAUGCUAGUAGAACCCUCAAUGAUGCCCAACUCAACUAUUCCACCACAGAGAAGGAGUUGUUAGCUGUCAUAUUUGCUUUAGAGAAGUUCAGAUCAUAUUUGAUUACUAACAAGGUUAUUGUUUACAUUGAUCAUGCAGCAUUGAAAUACUUGUUAGCUAAGAAGGAUGCCAAACCACGACUCAUUAGAUGGAUUCUCUUGUUGCAAGAGUUUGACUUGGAGAUAAAAGAUAAGAAAGGAAGUGAGAAUGUCGUGGCUGAUCACUUGAGUAGAUUGGUGCAUGUAUCUAACGAAGAGGAGGAUUCAUUGCCAUUGCGUGAAAGCUUCCCUGAUGAGCAACUCUUCUCCAUUUAUGCUUUGAAUUCUCUCAAUCCAUUGCCUUGGUUUGCUGAUAUUGUUAACUAUUUGUGCACUAACGAACUCCCUGCAGGGUUAUCUACUUUCCAACGUGACAAGCUUAGGAAGCAAGCAAGAUACUACUUUUGGGAUGAUCCCUAUCUAUUCAAGCAUUGUCCAGACCAAGUAAUUCGAAGGUGUGUGCCUGAAGGUGAUUUUAAGAGCAUUCUGGAGUUUUGUCAUUCCCACGCAUGCGGAGGCCAUUUUGGAGCAAAGAAGACUGCCAGCAAAGUGCUACAAUCAGGUUUUUUUUGGCCUACCCUUUUUAAGGAUGCUUAUGUUUUUUGUGCUUCAUGUGAUAGAUGCCAACGGAUGGGUAAUUUACAUGCUAGAAAUCAGAUGCCUCUCACCAAUAUCUUAAUCAUUGAUAUAUUUGAUGUUUGGGGAAUUGAUUUCAUGGGCCCUUUUCCUACCUCUUAUGGAUUUGAAUAUAUAUUAGUUGCUGUCGAUUAUGUUUCUAAAUGGGUGGAAGCCAUUGCCACUAGAACUAAUGAUGCUAAGGUUGUGAUCGGUUUUCUCAAAGGAAAUAUUUUUACAAGGUUUGGCACACCUAGAGCAAUCAUUAGUGAUGGUGGCUCCCACUUUGUUAACCAAGCUUUUGCAGCACUCUUGAAGAAAUAUGGAAUCACACAUAAGGUGGCAACACCCUAUCAUCCUCAAACUAGUGGGCAGGUUGAGAUAAGCAAUAGGGAGAUUAAGCACAUACUUGAAAAGACAGUGAACACCACAAGGAAGGAUUGGUCCAUGCAUUUGGAUGAUGCAUUGUGGGCUUAUAGGACUGCUUAUAAGACCCCUAUAGGUAUGUCUCCGUAUAGACUUGUUUUCGGUAAACCUUGUCACUUACCAGUGGAGCUUGAGCACAGGGCUUAUUGGGCAAUCAAGGCCUUCAAUUUUGAUAUGAAAGCCGCUGGUGAGAAGAGGAGGCUUCAACUCAAUGAGCUGGAGGAGUUGCGACAUGAAGCGUAUGAGAACGCGAAGCUUUACAAGGAGAAAACAAAGCAAUAUCACGACAAGAAAAUUCUUAGGAAGACGUUUGAGAAAGGGCAGAAGGUUCUCUUAUUCAAUUCACGCCUUAAGCUCUUCCCAGGUAAGCUUCGUUCUCGGUGGAUUGGCCCUUUUGUUAUUACUAAUGUGUUUAAUCAUGGCGCAGUGGAGAUUCAAAACAUUAAGGAUGGCAGCACCUUCAAGGUGAAUGGACAUCGGUUGAAACCUUACUUUGAUGCCAACUUUGAUGCCAAUAUUGAGUCUCAAGCACUCAAGGAGCCUCCACCACUCUCUUAA